AUGGGUGAUAGCCAGUACUCCUUCUCUCUCACUACUUUCAGUCCUACAGGAAAGCUAGUACAGAUCGAGCACGCAUUGACUGCCGUUGGAUCAGGGCAAACUUCUCUCGGAAUCAAAGCGGCAAACGGUGUUGUUAUUGCAACUGAGAAGAAAUUGCCUUCUAUUUUAGUUGAUGAAUCAUCUGUUCAGAAAAUACAGUGUCUGACACCAAAUAUUGGAGUUGUCUACAGUGGAAUGGGUCCUGACUUUCGAGUUUUGGUUCGGAAAAGUAGGAAGCAGGCAGAACAAUAUCAUAAAUUGUAUAAGGAACCAAUUCCAGUAACACAACUUGUCAGGGAAACUGCCGCUGUCAUGCAAGAGUUUACUCAAUCUGGGUACUACGAUUUUGAAAUCACUGUUCCUUUGUCUUUUCCUCGCAGAGGUGUGAGGCCUUUUGGAGUUUCUCUGCUAGUUGCUGGUUUUGAUGACAAAGGUCCACAGUUGUACCAGGUUGAUCCAUCAGGUUCCUACUUCUCAUGGAAAGCCUCAGCAAUGGGGAAAAAUGUUUCAAAUGCAAAAACAUUUCUCGAGAAGAGAUACACUGAUGAUAUGGAGCUUGAUGAUGCUGUACACACGGCCAUUUUAACACUGAAAGAGGGGGGACAAGGAUGGAAAUAUGGAUCUGGAUUUGUUGAUGGAAUUUUCCCAGUGUUAAGUCCCAUUGCUCAGAAGAUUCUGCAAUUUAUGCAGAAGGAAGUGGAUCCUGAUAAUGUUUGGGCUGCUCUAGAUACUCUUUCCAUCACUCACGAGACUUGGGAUGAUCUUAUUAAUGUAGCUGUUCAACUUCGUCUGAAUAAACAAUGGAAUCCAAUUGCGUUGAUAUGUCAAUGGAUAUUGCACAGGAGCUCCUUCCGGCCAGAUGUCAUGUGCUACAAUUUACUAAUGGAUGCUUAUGGGCAAAAAUCUCUGCACAAGAAGGCAGAAUCAACAUAUGUUGAGCUUCUUGAAGCCAGAUGUGUACCUAAUGAAGAUACUUAUGCUAUUCUUAUAAAGACUUACUGCACUUGCAGACUGCUGGAUAAAGCUGAGGCAGUGUUUGCUGAGAUGCGGAAGUAUGGCAUUCCUCCAAGUGCAAUUGUAUACAAUGCUUAUAUUGAUGGGUUAAUGAAGGCUGGAAACCCUCAAAGAGCACUUGAGAUCUUUCAGCGAAUGAAAAAAGAUGGCUGCCCGCUGUCUACUGACACUUAUACACUGUUGAUCAACUUACAUGGGAAGGCAAGUCAAUCUUACCUGGCCUUGAAGUUGUUUAACGAAAUGAGAAGUCAAAAAUGCAGACCAGAUAUCUGCACAUACACAGCUCUGGUGAACGCAUUUGCUAGAGAGGGACUCUGUGAGAAGGCAGAGGAGAUAUUUGAGCAGAUGCAAGAAGAUCGGCAUGAGCCUGAUGUGUAUACUUAUAAUGCGCUCAUGGAAGCUUACAGUCGUGCAGGAUUUCCUUAUGGAGCUGCAGAAAUAUUUUCACUCAUGCAGCACAUGGGCUGUGAGCCAGAUAGAGCUUCAUAUAACAUCAUGGUAGAUGCGUAUGGGAGAGCUGGCUUUCAUGAGGAUGCUCAAGCAGUAUUCGAUGAGAUGAAGCGACUAGGAAUAACCCCUACAAUGAAAUCUCACAUGCUUCUUCUGUGUGCCUACUCAAAGGCGAGAAAUGUGGCUAAAUGUGAAGAAAUUGUGAACCAGAUGAGCGAAUCUGGGCUCGAACCGGACACCUUUGUCCUAAACAGCAUGUUGAACUUGUAUGGCCGGCUAGGCCAAUUUGAAAAGAUGGAGGAAGUUCUAACUGCAAUGGAAAAGGGACCUUAUGAGGCUGAUAUCAGUACAUAUAACAUCUUGAUCAACAUAUACGGACGGGCGGGAUUUUUCGAGAGAAUGGAAGGGCUUUUCCAAUCACUUCCGACCAAAAAUUUGAAACCUGAUGUUGUGACUUGGACGUCAAGAUUAGGAGCUUACUCAAGGAAGAAACUAUACACAAGAUGCUUGGAAAUAUUUGAAGAAAUGAUCGAUGCUGGAUGUCACCCUGAUGGAGGAACUGCCAAAGUACUUCUAUCAGCAUGCUCUAGUGAAGAUCAAAUUGAACAGGUCACAACUGUGAUUAGAACAAUGCAUAAGGGCAUGGAGGUUGCUCUUCCUGUAUGA